UGCCAUACCUGCACCAUUCCACGAUCUGACCGCGUGAUCCUUGUCCAAGGCGGCCAUUGCUGUCGUCGCACCUGCUCGCCGACACCUCCGCAUCCUCCACAAUGAAGGAGCUCCACGACGCGCUCACUACCCUCUCACCUGUGGAUUGGAGUGAUGUGCCCACCGACGACCUCGAGCACUAUGUCAAGUCCUGCUUCGCCUCGGCUGAGUGUAUCGUCAACUCUGUCCCGCCCAACUCCGAAGGAACGCCAUUCCACGCCGCGACGCCGUCGUUGAGCGAGCCCAAUGCCGCCAAGUCGCACAAGGACAUCGUUCCUGCCAAAUGCCUCCCCCAUCCGGCACACGAGGACUACGAAAAGCUGCACAAGAGUUGGGGCAAGCCGUAUAAGUUCAAACAGAAUCCACACAAUGUGAACAUUUUCAAGAUGGCCGGCAAUGAUCGCCAUGGCGCAUGUGAGUAGAAGCUGUGGCCGGACCAUUCGCCGCGAGCUCGAGGGCAUAAGAGGCCCAAUAUCAAAGGCUGUGGCAGAAAAUGGUUCAUUCUCUAAUCGAGACUCUAGGGUUCGCGCGUAGCAGCGUACGUAAAGCAGCCACCUUGUGGCACCACCCCCUCCCGCAGUUCUGAGAAAGAGUGCUGUUGGCAUCAUGCUAAACCCAGACACCUGCCCGUCACUGCCAUGCCUUUAGGACAAUACGCUUACCUAUCUUCGGUUGCAUUUAGGUUCACGAGGGUCUGUCCUUCGAACGAAUGAAACGGGCGAUGAUGCGUGAAUUAGUGCAUUCUUCAAAGGUUUCUGGUGGUCCCGGAGCAGGUGCAGUGCGCGGGAUAGCGGCAGACAGACGCCUCGAGAGGUUUGAUCUCCCUGGACUAUCAGCAAAGCUUGAAGUGUACGAAUUGAGCGCGGCAUUCCCGGGCCCAGUAACGCCAAGAGACUUCGUCGCCAUGAUCAUGAGCAGCGACAAUGCAUUAACAGAAAAAAGUGCGGUCGCGGUGAAUGGGGAAAACUACGUGCCUCAGCAUUUCAUGGUCCUAUCAAAGCCCGUUGUCCAUCCCGAUGCCCCAGUGCGAGCUGGCUUGGUCCGUGGGCAAUACGAGUCUAUCGAGCUGAUUCGCGAAAUCCCCCUCUCAGCCACAAAAUCUACCUCUACAACGAGGUUACUGAAAACGCAAGGGAGUACGAAAGACAGAGAAAAGCAUGAAGGAGACGGCUUAGAGAAGUCAGACUUGAACCCUGUCGAAUGGAUUAUGGUGACACGAUCAGAUCCAGGUGGCGGAAUACCCCGGUUCCUAGUCGAGCGCGGCACGCCAGAGUCCAUGCUCGGGGACCUGCCUAAAUUCUUCGAUUGGGCAUGCUCGCUUGACGAUAUCCCACAUCCAGACGAUGACGCGAACGAAGAAGAUGCGGUACCUACGCCUGGUGCAGAAACCGAGCCCGAGCGCGCACCGUCACAGUCACCUUCCGGCCUACACACGACUGCGUCUCCAGAAUCAACAUUCAGUGGCCCAGCACCGUCCGGGGAGGCGCAAGGUGGCUAUCUCUCGGGCAUUACCAAUGCGCUGGGCGCUGGUAUCGAGGCGUAUGCGCCCGCGGCAGUGUCGAAUGCGGUGCUGCCUCAUUUGAACCCGGAGGAGAGCUUAUCUGACGACGAAUCCGACACGUCUUCCGUAGACUCGUUCAUGUCUGCGGAAGAGCUUCGCCGCGCGGCGUCAGUGCCAGAAAUUGGAGACCCUGCGCAAUCGACCGACAAUUUUAGUAUAAUGAGUGGCGACCACUCGGAGGAUACAAAAUCCACCAAGGGCAUGACGCAUCAUGAGAAAGAGGUCCACAAACUCGUCAAGAAACGCGAGAAACUCGAACAGCAGCUGGCAAAGAAGCGCGUUGCAGAGGAGCAAAAACUUCGUGAAGCGCAAGAAAAGGAGCAGAGCGAGAGCGGAAAGGCGAGGGAGAAGAUGGAACGAGAGUUGAAGAAGACCGAGGAGAAACAUCGCAAGGAACUCGAACGGCUCGAGCAGAAGAAGGCAAAAGAAGAGCGGAAAGCGGAAGAAAAGCGCACCAAGAAGGACGAACAGUACAAGAUGUCACUUGUUACACGGGAGCGUGACGAAUUUAGAAGUCAAGCAGACUUGCUCAGGAGGGAGAAUGCGCUGCUUAGGGAUCAGGUGGCUGAACUGCAAACGCGAAAUACAACCAUGGCGCAGCGGCUAGGGGCACUCGGUGGACCUGAGGCACUGCGAGGCCUCGAUCAGGCAUCUGAAGGAAACCAGAAAGCGACGAGUGUCAAGAGCACGCGCAGCAAUUAAUCCGCGCCUCAACACGGGAUGAGGACGAGUUGGGCCACGUAGAAUAGGCUAAAUCGAGCUCAAAUGUGGGGCGUGAGCUCACGGCUUGUCACGAGCCGUCGAAGUCCGACUUUAAGCAGACCCGACCCUUGCAUUG